UGCAAAAGAGAAUUUCGGAAAAUAGGUACAUAAGUAGAUACAUAGUGAUACCCAUAAAGGGGGUAGCAGUCUAUGGUAACUGGUAAGCGAGGCUAAGGGUCUGCGGACGCAUGCGUGGAGUCCGCCUCGGGCGUGCGACGGACGAACGCGGCAGAACACGGUCACGCUUGCGUGUGUCGCCAUCGAUCCACGUUUCGCGCUCCGGAACCUCUUCGGUCGCCGUCAAUUCGGCGUUCCGCCUCACCAUGCAGCCUCCGCCUAGAAAGAGUAACUAUACGAAGUUUCUGAAGAAUCUCCAUGCGGAGCAAAUUGCGAAGCUCCACGCUAAGAAUCAACACGAAUGUGAUUUGUUAGAAGAUCUACGCACUUACACUAUCAAACGCUCGGCCAUUGAAAAGUCAUAUUCCGAAGCCUUGCUGAAAAUAUCAUCGGCAUAUCUGAAUAAGAAAAUACCAAACAUUCCUGAUUUGAAGGUAGAUGGUGCGGAAGAAAAAUGGAACAUGUGGAACGUCUGGCGCACAGUGUUGGAGGAGAACGAGAAACUCGCCCGCGCAAGACUCGCAGCAGUCGAAGUGUUCCAGCAGCAAAUCGCUGACGAAGCGAAACUUUUGCGACAGCACAAGCUUAACGUCGCAAAGAAGUGCACAGACUCCCUGGCCCAAGCACAUAAAGAGCUACAGCUAACAGUUUCGGAUAUUGACAAAACCAAAAAACUCUAUUUCGAUGAAGAACACACAGCACAUGACGUCCGAGACAAGGCUAAAGAUAUCGAAGAAAAGUUGAAAAAGAAAAAGGGGUCAUUCUUUCAAUCAAUCACAUCGUUGCAAAAAAACAGUGCCAAAGUAUCAUCUCGUAGAGACCAGUUGGAGGAGAAAUCGACCGGAGCGAGAAAUGAUUAUCUCCUGAGUAUUUCCGCUGCGAAUGCUCAUCAGACUCGGUAUUUUCUUAUCGAACUACAAUCGUGCAUGCAAGGCAUGGAAGCGGCUGUAUAUGAAAAAGUUUCCGAAUUUCUUACGCUGAUGGGUCGUACUGAAUUACUGACCUGUUCAGCUACACAACACUCUUUUGGCAAAAUUAGAGAUCAAGCACAACAACUAACACGAGAAUACAAUCUGCAGUGCUUGUACCUGUAUUACCCCGUGCUAAAACAACACAUUCAAUAUGAGUUUGAGCCAUGCGACAACGACCCGGUGGACACAGUCACCAUGGACCAGGAGAGCGUGUCACAAACUCUAGCGCAAGAAGCUCGACGAUGGGCAACCCGAGUAGUAAGGGAAACGGCUUUGGUGAGGGAUGCUACUCGUAAACUACACCUGUACCAAGCCAUGCGAGAUGCAGGACAAAAGGUCGAUCCAAAUGAUCCAAAUGGACCUGAACUGGAAGUACGCAUGGACGAACUGAGAUCAAAUAUCAGGCGUUCUGAAACAUCAAAAGUUAAAUAUGAGGCUAGGUUAGAGUGCCUACGGAAUAGUGGAGCGCCUGUUGACGAAUGGUUAAAAGAAAUCGACUUGCUUGCAGUACAGGAAACCCUGCCCCGAAGCAGCAGUCUCCUAAGCAUUCGAACUGAUGCAUCAGGUGCAGCUGAUCAGCCGAGCUCGGAUUCAUUUUACGAUAGCGAUAACACUGAAGGCGAAGCGCCAACCACAUCAGCCGUGGCCGGUACUUCCGGAGGACACCAGCGCACGACAUCUGGAUCAUCUCAACCUGAAGACGAGCAUGAUGAAGACGAAGACGCUGCAUUAGAAGAAGAACACAUGCGCAUUGAUCAACUCACAGUCGGGUGGGAUGAUCCUACCCAGGUGAGCUGGGGUGAGACGGAGCCUGAAGCGACCGCGCCUACUACAGAACCACCUGCAGCACCAUUAUACAAAUGCACCGCUUUGUACUCUUAUACAGCCCAAAAUCCAGAUGAACUGUCAAUAAUCGAGAACGAACAAUUGGAGGUAGUUGGGGAGGGCGAUGGUGACGGUUGGCUUCGCGCACGGAACUAUCGAGGCGAAGAAGGCUAUGUGCCUCAUAACUAUCUGGACGUUGAUAGAGAACAGGCAACUAGUGCUCCGGGACUGGUGGCGCAGAUAUCAUUUUCAUCCGUGGAUUAUACAGUGGAAGGGGAAGAUGCAGAUGUCGUACAGUCGCCAGACCAAAUCUCGGUUAUUUCUGCUCCCGUCGCCAAGCCUGAAGAACCUAAAGCUGAGGAAACACCGAAGAUCGAGACUGAAGCAAAACCUGAAAGCUUACCAACUCUCGGAUAUUGUUUCUCUUUGUAUGACUAUGACGCUGAAGCUGCUGAUGAGCUAAAUCUCGAGGAAGGACAGAUCAUCCGUAUUGUGUCUCGCGACGCCCACGGUGUGGACGAUGGCUGGUGGCGCGGAGAGGCUAAUGGCGUCAUCGGAAACUUUCCCUCACUUAUCGUCGAAGAGUGCGAUGAGAAUGGUGAACCACUUAGCGGCGGUGAAGAUGAUUGGACUCCACCGGAUUCUGCCCCACCAGUCUUCGCUUCCCCGCCUGAAUCUCCAACUAACGAUUUUAAUGACGAAAUGAUCUUCAAUGAAAACAACAAUACUAAGAACGCGGCACCGCCCGCUGAUCCACCGCCGCCUCCUCCGCUCAACAUGGGAGAUUCUAUGGACAGUCAACCUGACUUCAGCUUUAAUCUAGAACUUAGUAGAACCCACCACGAUCAGUAUGACACACAGUUCUCAGCGUCACCGACCUCAGCGACUCCACCUGUCACCAUUGUCGUCGAUGAGGUUGUCGCUGAUAUGUUUGAGGAGGAGGAAGUGGAGGAGUUGCCCCCCGCCCCGAAGCCGAAGCCUGCGCCACCACAAGUUGAAAUAACAAAGGAAGAUUGCGGGCUAGGUGUAGCGCAGAUCGUGAUCACCGCAGCCACCCCCAUGAUGGAGGAGCCGGAGCAGCCUUUCCCUCCACCCGAGCCCGAACCGCAGCCCGAACCGCAGCCCGAACCGGUGCCAGAGCCCCGACUCGAGGAGCUCGAACGCUCCGAAGACAACGAGGACGAAGAAUCUUCCCUCUCCGAACAGACUGCCGUGUGCCUGCGCGAUUCGGAAGAGGGUCACGCCGACUCCGCUCCCCAUCCCGCUUCAAGCUCGACGGCCUCCGAAGGAGAGUCGACAGGGGCCUCGGUGGCAUCGGGUCCCCCUACCGCGCCGCAGUCCCCGCCGUCCGCGCCCCGGGCUGGCCGGGCCUCCAUUCCCGAUGAGCUAGAACCGGCGCAACUAGCGAGGCUCACAGAUCUCAAGGAAUCCAACGCUUAGCUCUAAAUUGCUUUUCUAAUGUAGAUAUCAUACAGACUUUGACCACAACUGUAUUGGAAUAACUUGUACGCAUUAUUUAACCUUAUUAUAAUUUUCCUAAUAACGAGACAUUAUAACAUGUUUCAGAGUUUCCAAAUCGUUUACAAAAAGACCGUUUCUCACACAUGAAGUCAUUUUUCAGAUGAAUACAUAACUGUAAAUAAUCUGAAUCUUAGGCAAUAACCAUCGAAACACUAGCAGGUAAGUCAUAAAGCUAAUAUUAAAAGUUAGGUAUUUGUUGGUGGUUUUGUAAUUUCCAACCGAUUGAAUGUGGUAUAAUAAUAUUAAUAAUACAUAUUGGAGGUUGUAUAUUAUAAUCUAAAAAUUAGUACAAAUCCAAGAUUAAAAAUACUAGUUACAUUUGGCUUUGUUUUCAAUUGUUUACCCUGAGACAUUUUUUCAAAAUACCUACUAAUUUCAGUUCAACCUACGUACCAACCUAUUCUUACAUAGUUUGUUAAAAUACCUACUUUCAGAUACUAGAAUCAUACUGUAUCAAACCUAGGUAAACCUAUAUUAUUGCUGUUCAAAUGACAUAUUUUUAUUUUAUUUGUUGUAAAAACUACUUCUUGUUAAAAUGUUAUUAUUAAAUAAUUUAUCAAUCGUUGAAAACAAUUUAUUAUAUAAUAUUAUUUAGACAAGAAAUUCGACAUACAAAAUAACGAGUAGGUAGGUAUAUAGUCUACCUAUCCUGCUGUAUACUUAGAUACUCGUAAUUGUGAAAAUCAUUAAUUUAAGCCUUAAUAUUAGCAUAAAUGAAAAUGUUAAACAACUGCCUUUUUACUACAUACUCUACAAAAAAUUUGGAGCCUACUCGAUCGGAUACUUUUUGUAUUGCUAUUGGUACAGUUUGUAAAAUUAAUCAAUUAAUAUACUAUGUAGGAUAAUAAAUACUUGUCUCUUUCACUGAUAUCGGUGAUCUUAUAUCGACUAGAAGAUAGUAGGAUUAUGAUUGUAUCCGUGCUGGCUGUUGGACAUAUGUACUUAGGUCCCUGAGGUAGCUCCAACACUUCCUAUCUAGCCCUCAUUAACAGCCACAUUCUGGAUUAAUCGCUCCAACUACUAAGCUAGGGGUACUUGGUUUGAUGAAAUGUGGUCUUUACUCAAGGACCUUACGAUUUUAAUACCUAUCCAUAAAUUCUCCGACAACCCUGUCACAGAACACUGCCAUAUCAGUAUGUCUCGUCGCGAUAGUUACCCAUUUCUUUGAGACUAUGUUUCUGACUAGUUUUAUAGCCUAUAGCACUCAGGGAUAGUGUAGUUUUUAUCAGUGAUGGACUUUGGAGAUUCAGAUUAUUAGUUUCGGAGUUUCGAUAGGCUAAUGUAGAAAAGAAAGGCCAAGAAUUCAGUAGAUCUUUCCUCAUUUAAUGGCAAAUGCUUAUGUCUUUGUUUGUGGAUUAUCCUAUCGCCAUCAGUGUCCACAGAUCAGACAUUAGAUUAUUAUCAAAGUCGUCAAUUUUCUUACGACAUAAUAAUUAUUGGCUUUAUAAAAAUGCAAAGAUAGUUAACUUAUUGGAUUGGAAGCAUAGAAAACGCUAUUUGAUGAACCAAGAACAAAUCAAUACUUUUACCAAAAAUAUAUAUAAAGCUUAGCUAUUCAAUUAUGUAUAUUUCUUAGAAAAAAUUUAGUAGUUUUCUUCAUAGCUGACUCUUACAAAUUAGCAAAAACCUUGUUAUUAUUAAGUAUUGGAAUAUGAAAUUUUACAGCAACAUGGAAAAUAUGCGCACUUUGAGUCUGGCAACCAAUUUUAGUUAGAGGUUUCAAAAUAACGUACGAACAAGAUAAAGUUGAAAACUAAAACCCGACUGUGAUCGUCUUAGUAAACGCUGAAAU